AUGAAUACACCCCUGUCACUUCAUGAGCUGGGGGAUAUCCAUGCGUCUCCUCACUAUUUCGUAAAUUCGGAAUCUAAUCUGGACAGCGUUGAGGAUAGACUACUCUUCUCACGCUAAGACCACCUCUUAACCAAGGCUUCCUCCCAUGUAUAAAUUGAAACGAUGUUCAGCUGCCAAUCUAUCCUUUCAGUAAAUCAACUCUUGGAUUUAGGCUACUCCUGCACUACUCUAAUACCCGUGACACAUUUUGACUUCAGAGCUGGUUCCUGCAGUACUUCAGGACAAUGACGGCCAUCAAUGCUCCACAGGACAAGUAUAAUGCGGUGUGGAUAAUUUUCUUCAUCCUUGGCUUGGGAACCCUCCUGCCAUGGAACUUCUUCAUGACUGCAACCAUGUACUUCACCAGCCGACUGAAGGACCCAGCCAUCGAAGGCUCAGCGAAUCUGACGGCCAACGCCACGGUAGUGGAGGCAGACACGAGGAAUGUCCUGGAGUCCAAGUUCAACAAUGUGAUGACCCUGUGUGCCAUGGUGCCCCUGCUCAUCUUCACCUGCCUUAACUCCUUCAUCCACCAGAGGAUCCCUCAGAAUUGCCGUAUCGCCGGCUCCCUGUCUGUGAUCCUGUUGGUUUUCCUGUUGACGGCGGUGCUGGUCAAAGUGGACAUGAGCCCUCUCCCCUUCUUCUGUCUCACCAUGAUCAAAAUUAUCUGCAUCAAUUCGUUUGGGGCAGUGCUGCAGGGCAGUUUGUUUGGUCUGGCUGGGAUGCUGCCGGCCUCCUACACUGCGCCUAUCAUGAGUGGACAGGGCCUCGCCGGGACCUUCGCUGCCUUCUCUAUGAUCUGUGCCCUGGCCAGUGGCUCGGCCCUACAGGACAGUGCCUUUGGCUACUUCAUCACAGCGUGCGUGGUCGUCUUCCUGGCCAUCUUGUCCUACUUCGCUCUGCCCAGAAUGGAAUUUUUCCAGUACUACCUGGAAAGUAAUGGAUCCAGGCCAGCCGGCAGAGAUGAAGAGAACAAGAUGGACCUUUUGGAAAAAGCUAACAGCAAAAGGGGAUGUUGUGUGACAGACAGCCCAGCACAGAAGAGGCAGGUGGUCAGCCUGACAGAGGAGGAAACCAGGUCCAACAUAUCUGUGUUUGCCAUCUUUAAACGGAUCUGGGUAAUGGCCCUUUCUGUGUGCUUCGUGUUCACCAUCACCAUCGGAACAUUCCCUGCAGUCACAGUUGACGUCAGGUCCACCGUGGCCGAUGGGGGAGCCUGGGAUAAAUACUUCAUCCCUGUGUCAUGUUUCCUGCUCUUCAAUGUGAUGGACUGGGCAGGCAGAAGUCUGACGGCCGUGUGUAUGUGGCCCGGUAAGGACAGCAUCAUCCUGCCAGUCAUGGUGGGUCUCCGUGUGGUCUUCGUGCCUCUCUUCAUGCUGUGUAACGUCCAGCCCAGGAACUACCUGCCCGUGCCGUUCGCCCAUGACGCCUGGUACAUCCUCUUCAUGAUCUUCUUCUCCUUCAGCAACGGAUACCUGGCCAGCCUCUGCAUGUGCUUCGGACCAAAGAAAGUGGCACAACACGAAGCGGAGACAGCCGGCGCCAUCAUGGCGUUCUUCCUGUCUCUGGGUUUGGCUCUGGGAGCAGCCCUGUCCUUCGUCUUCAGAAUCAUUAUCUAGACCCAAAACACCCCUGAACACUUUCUUCUAACCAACCUGCCGUGGAGGAAGUGAUGGGGGUUGGAGGAGGUGGUGAACUUUUCUGUUAAUUGAUUUGUUCUUCUCACACGGGAGCAACGCUAGUACACUCAGAAGCAGCCAGCCUCCGAGAGUCUGUGCUUCCCCUCCUGCCACUGACUGAUGAUACUCUUUCAUUAUGAAAGAAUGCAAAGUUCAUCUAGUUCAGCUGCCUAUGUUACCGCUCUCAUAUCUUGUUCUCGUUGCCAACAUCUAUAAUGUCUCUCACAUCCUCCAAGGACCAUGGUGGAAGACAGGAGUUCUCUCCACUCAAGGGAUUAUUUCAGUUUAUUGAUCAAAAUGCCGCUAUGAGCCGUAAAUUGUAUGAGCCGUAUAUUUAUAUGGAUUGUGAAACUACCUGGAUUCUUAUGUCUUGGUGUGUGUUAUCAUUGAAUUGUAUAGGCAUUCUAAAUCUCAAUGGAGUUUUACCAGCCUAGGUAAGUGUGUAAAUGCGCAUUGUGGUAUAGCCUUGCCAUGUAAAGGUAUUUUAUAGUAUUUGAAUAUCUUUACCACAGUGAUAUAUGUAGCUAUUAAUUACAUGUGUUGUGAACGGUGAGGGUAGGAGAGUUUGUAAAACUCACUUCAUUUGUUCUGCCAGUUUGCCAUUUUUUUAUUUUUUUUAUCAAAACAUUUUGUAUCAGAUCUAGUUCUGAGUGCUCUAUUUUAAAACCGGAUUGGCACAAGUUAAAUUCGCCUGGUUCGUCUCAAUCAGGUUGUUUUUAUGAAUUAAAAAAAAAAAAAGAAUGCAACGUGCCGAGGGCUUUAAAGUACGACAAAAUAUUUUGCUGUGCAACCUUUUUAAUUUGGGCGCACCAGUGCAACAAACAUCUGUGUGUGUGUGUGUGUAUUCAUAAUUGAAAUAAGGCUUUGCUCUACUGUUGUUUCCCAAGCGCAUAAUCGUUAGCGUCAUGCUUGCACCAUUACUACAGCGAAAACGGCUUGUUUCUAGCCCAAACAGUUCGAAAGGUCUUUGGCCCAUAUUACUGGUGGAAAGUUUUUUUAUCUUCCUGUAAAGGAUUGGGGGGCUGCAUUUUACAUUCAUAAACCGUUCUAAAACUC